AAAUGUGUAAGCGUGUAAUUCAGUUUUAAAAGGAAAAUAGAAAGUACGACAUCAGUUGUUGUUUAUUUCCGAUUGGCUAGCCGAGGCAACACAUAAAUUGGCGCAUCAACGAGGGCUCGAACUGUAGAAAAUACGACCUGAGAAGGAAUCGAUUCAGUUUGCUGGAUUCAGAAUCAUUAUUUACGAGUUUAUGGUGGUAUAUUGUCGUGUCUGAAAAUGCCCAAGCGAAAUACAAAGUGUAUUAGUGUCGAUAAGGAUUUGGAUAGAAUUAUUAGUCCCAGUUUGAGUUUAAGGAAUUUGGUUGAGUCAUUGGCCGACAGUGUGACCAAAUUAACAACUGAAGUGGCUAAAAAUAAGGAAAUGCUAGCUACUGUUGGAGGUGAAGGAACGGAUAGGAAUCAAGUAGUGGCGCACAACAAGCAGAUGGGGCAUGAGGAGCAUUUUGUCCAAGCAAAAAAAACAAGUUCUUAUCUGUCGUCUUGGAAGGAUCGAGGUACUUUGGUGGCCAUGUCCGACGGUAUGACAUAUGGUUGGACCUCCCCCAUGAUCCCGUACUUCACCGGCAACUCCACUCACAUCAAGAUGACCAUGUACGAAGCCGAAAUGAUGGAGACGGUCAACCUUCUGGGAGCCAUUUGUGGUUUACCGAUAACCACGUACGCUGUAGACAAGAUAGGUCGAAAAAAGUCCAUGCUUUCUGCGUCAUUUGCUGCCCUGUUAUGUUGGCUGGCAACGCUGUUCGCUCCAAACAAGGAAGUGCUGUAUGUGGCGAGGUUUUUUAUCGGCAUGGCGGGAGAUAUGUGUUUCGUAGCGGCUCCGAUGUACAUAGCCGAAAUAGCUGAUCAUAGAAUACGAGGCUUUUUAUCCUCACUCAUAUACAUCAUGAUGUUAUUUGGAAUCUUGGUGGUGUACACCACGGGCACUUAUGCUGCCUAUUAUGUGCCACCGAUAAUCGGAAUUGUCCUGACCGGAAUUCAGUGCAUAUUCUUUCCGUUUAUGCCGGAUUCGCCAUAUUACUUGGUGUACAUAAACCGAAUAGAAGAUGCCGAAAAAGCUCUAAAACGGGUCAGGACCGAUGCCAACGUCAGCAAGGAAAUUGAGGAAAUCCAAAAAGCCGUGGAACGUCAGAAAACCGAGAGAGGAAGACCCCAGGACCUCAUCCUGAUACCGAGCAACCGAAAAGCGAUCAUGGUCAUGACAAUACUCAAUGGCGCACAGCAUUUUGUCGGAAUUAGCGUCAUGAUAAUGAAUCUUCACGUGAUUCUGGCAGAGGCCGGAUCAAUUUAUAUCGAACCCGGAGUGGCGGCCAUCACCUUCGCCGCCAUAAUGUUGAUAGGGGCGAGCGUCUCGUCGGUUAUCAUGGACAGAUUCGGUAGGAAAUCGUUACUGAUCACUUCGAGCAUACUUACCGGAAUUACUCUGACGAUUAUGACCGUGUUUUUCCAUUUGAAGAAUACCGGUUACGACGUGAUGUUUGUCAGUUGGAUUCCGGCCGCGUGUUGCAUGACAUACGCUCUGACGUUUAAGUCUGGAUUGGGCAUAGUACCCAUCGUCAUAACCGCCGAAAUAUUCCCGACGACGAUCAAGGCAAUCGGUAUGACGCUGGCAGACGCAGUGUACUGCAUAAUGGCGGUGAUCUCGAUACAGAUCUACUCGGUACUCUUCGGUGCCUACGGUAUUCACGCGCCAUUUUACAUAUUCGCUCUGUGUGCGUUCUUUACCGCGUUCUUCACUGCCUUCUUCAUUCCCGAAAACAAGGGCAAAACGUUGGACGAAAUUAAGUUGAUGUUGAAGGGACACAAAGCGAUUCGCGCUGAUAAUGGUAUCGCUAUGACCUAGGAGUCAGUGCCGCGCCAGUUGAGACAGCGUUACAAUUUCGUUUUAAGAAAUGCCAUCGUGUUUUCUCUGUGAUACGCCCCCUUUGUUUCAGUUGUCAAUAAACUCGUUAGAAUGGAUUUGGUUGUCAUGCGAUAAUACUCAGUGUUAAUAUUAACGUAGCAUUCAGCUUUAAAUAUUGUCAGAAAUACGCCAGUGGAAUGUAAUCCUUUGCAAAGAAAUGAUAAUGCAAGUACAUUAUUAUUUUUUCGUUUUAUCCUCAGCUGCGAUUGUGUAGAAUUUGUAACUUCAAGGUCUUUAUGUUGGGUGUCCCAAGAAGGGCACCGAGGUACUGUGUUAAGGAAACGAACGAGUCAAGAAAUUGAGAAAAGGGUUGUGGAAUGCUCUAUGCGUUAGGCGCUUUCUAUUGCUUAUCUUGCCACUAACACGAGGCUGGCAAAGAGUAUAAAAGUAUAAUAUGCAUUAGGUUUAUAAAUUUGUUGCGCAAACCGGCUGAUCUUGAUUAAGUGUUUAUCAUCUGGAUCUAGAUCUAGAUUAAAUGAAUAUCAUUGGUAUCUUUAUACAAAAAAGUCGUAUGGAAUGUCAGCCUAAAAUUAAAAAUAGGCAAAUUCUAGGCACAUUUCUCAUUUAGACUUGAUGGCUCCGAGAGGUUGCGAA